AUGUCAGGUCAAGUUAAUAUUUCAUCGAUCGAAUAUAUCAAACAAUCUGAACUCGCCCGAAUUAUGAAAGAUACCACUCAAAUUCCUGGGAAAGAUUACCUUGUGGUUGAUGUUAGAGAUGAUGAUUACGAG